AUGCCCCCAGGAACGCCCUAUGCCUCGUUUGCACUCCCUUAUCCCAUCCGUGUUGAUUGUUUCACCUGCACAGCUCAUCUUCCAGCUCCGUACAACACACCAGCACUAUAUCUCCUCACCCACUCUCAUACCGACCACAUUAUCGGCCUAUCUUCAAAAUCAUUUGCCUCACGGGUACUAUGUUCGCCUGAUACAAAAGAAAUGCUCUUGAGGCAUGAGAUUUAUCCGGAGCGCGCAAAGAAAGAUGCAGGUGAAGUUGCAAUGAGGACAUUUGCUCAUUUGAAGCUUGAGGGUGGAGCAUUUAAUAGGGAUUUGUUGCACGCAAUUCCAUUGAAUACUCCAACCAAAUUUGAGUUAUCGCCGACUGAGACGGUGAUCAUUACGCUCAUCGAUGCAAAUCACUGUCCUGGUGCCGUUAUGUUCCUCAUUGAAGGUCCUCGUGGGACGAUUCUUCACACGGGCGACGUACGCGCCGAACAUUGGCUAUUAAAGUCUCUAACUCGAAACCCGUUUCUCCAACCAUACAUCCCGGAUACGGAGGAAGACCUCCGUGUUCUCAUAGCGCGAGGUGGCCAAACAGCAAGCUUGACGAAAACAUUACAUGCGAUCUAUUUGGAUACGGCGUGCAUGUUGAGGGGAACUGUUGUUCCCACAAAGGAAAACGCAGUCAAAGGCCUGGUCGAGCUCAUUGCAUUGUUUGAUAAGGAUACCUAUUUCUUCGUAAACUCGUGGACUUGGGGAUAUGAGGACGUGCUCAAGGGUAUCGCGCGGGCGUUCCAGUGUCAGAUUCAUGUCGAUCAAUACAAACAUGCGGUCUACACGCAUAUAUCGGACCCGUUUCUUCGUAUGCUGGUCACUCGCGACGCGACAAGCACUCGCUUCCAUGCUUGCGAACGGUUUAAGCGGUGUAGUUUCGUAGAUGUACCCAGGUAUAAUGACUUAGCGCCACGGAGCAUCGAGGGAAGGAAGGUCGUAUACAUCAAUCCUGUCACUAUGGGGUGUGCGCAGUGGGAAGGCUAUUGCAUAGAUGUACGAAGACGUCUUGCGAUGGGGAAGGAUAUUGAUCGCUUGCUCGUACCUCUCGAACGACAUUCUCCCUUACCAGAACUGCUCAACCUUGUCUCCCUCUUCCGCCCGCGUCGGGUGAUUCCUAAUACCCUUGUGCCCGCUCUCGGCGGUCUCGACUGGACUGCGAUGAACGCUAUGUUCAAGGAGUGCAUGACACCGCCCAUCUAUGGCCGUGGUGAUCCCAUCACAAAUGAGUUUAGCUCGUUAGGAAUUGCGCAUCCCAGCGUCCUCGAUCUUGCCUCCCUCAACCUCGCCGAUACAGAUUCGGCAAUGAAAAACCUUGUGGGCGACUCUGCUGAGCUCGAAGCAGGGAAGUGGGCGGAUGACGGGAGUAUGCGACGACGGCUGGAGGUGCUUCGAGGGUGGUUAGGACCAAAGGAGAAGGGAAUUAUUGAUCGAGCACUCGGACGCUCAUCCCCGUUAUUGUCCCGGAACAAUUCUGCGCCGGAAACUCCAAAAAGGACUCCCAAAACCCGCCUGCAGGUGAAACGUUAUGUGGAAGACUCGGAUGACUCGAGCUACUAUGAUGGGUCUGAUGCACAUGCCAGGACUGCGCGCCUGCUCUUUGCUGGGGAUUACAGCAUGGAAGGGUCGAUUAAGAGCUGGUUGUCGUCGAGCCCGUCG